AUGUUUGAACUCUUUGAGAAGACACUCACACUCCUACUGCUGGUAGAGAACUCCACGCGCCAACUCAACAACAACCAAUCCCUUUUCCAACAAUUCACCGAGAUGAUGUCCACCAACGACUCAUCCUCAUCAUCCGCUCUCCUCGAGCUGUGUAGUGGCAAUGAGACCCUCAUUCCACUCUUCACCCAGCUGUCCAAGCUGUCCUCUUGUAUCGAUAUCACCCAACUCCUAGACACACCAGUCGCCACACCAUCACCAUCAUGUAACAACAACCACAACAACAACAACAUUACCAACUCAAACUCACUCCUCAACUCACUUUACUCGCCCAAGUCCUCAUCCGAGAAUUUGCUCGCCAACCUGGCCGCCUCGUCGAGCUCCUCCCAACUGGACUCGGCCAACUCCACACCAGUCCUCCAUGGACUGGACUCCUCAUCCAACUCGUCGAGCCGUGGCUCCUCGCCAUUCCAACAUUCCGUGUCUGACCUCCCACCCCUGUCCAUUCAGGGCGACGAUGAUAUGGACGACACCAACUCCAACCUUUGCUCCUCGAGCAACAUGGUCCCAUGUUCGCCACCCAAUGGCGGUUCCAUCAAGGGCAGCUACUCUAUGUCUGGCUCGUCCAACAACUCCAACAAUAGCAAUUCCAAGCGCAAGAGAAGACCCAGAGCACCAGCUCCAUUCUUUGACACAUUGUUCUGCCACUCGUGUGGCGAGACCCAGACCUCCCAGUGGCGUCGUGGUCCCGAUGGAUGCAAGUCGCUGUGCAACGCCUGCGGUAUCCGUUUCGCCAACAUUGUCAACAAGGAGAAGGCAUUGGCUGCCAAGGAGACCUCCAAGUGCAUCUCAAUCAACAUGCUCCUGUGUGACUCUGCCCAAGCCGAGGCCAACAACGCCAUUGCCAACGCUUCCGUUUCAAACACCAUCAACUUGCUGAACGACUCCUUCCCAGUCGUGCCAACAGUUGCUACCGCUACCAGCGCCAGCGCCACCAUUGCCCAACAGUUCCAACAAUUGAACAAGAGCGUACCAUAUUACAACAGCUCCAAGCUGGCAUAUGCACCACCACCACCACCCAAGGGCAAGCUGUCCAGCAGCGCCAACUCACUCCCAACCUCCACCACCACCGCUACACCAUCCACCUCCAACACACACAAGAGAAAGCAACCGUCAACCACCGACGUGUCAAUGCCAACCAAGUCACACAAAGUCUUCCAACAUGAUGACAACCUGUACAACAACAACAACAUGCACAACGAGGUCGCUUCCAACACAAGCGAGUCCUUCAAUUUUUCCUCCUUUCCAAUGCUUGACGCACUGACAACCCUGACCUCGCUGGCUUCAUCCGAGGCUCAGCUGAUAUCUGCUGGCGUCGAUGUCUAA